AUGGGUCGCAGAAAGAUUGAGAUCAAGGCCAUCAAAGAUGAUCGCAAUCGCUCAGUCACAUUUUUGAAACGAAAGGGUGGUUUGUUCAAGAAGGCGCAUGAGUUGGCAGUCCUUUGUUCAGUCGACGUCGCAGUUAUCAUCUUUGGGCAUAAUAAGAAGCUCUACGAGUAUUCUUCAUGUGAUAUGCAUGAGGCUCUUGGCCGGUACCAAUACUUUGGUGGCCCUCACGAGCACAAGGGCCCUGAUGAUUUCUCCGGCAAGCGCGACGAGGAUGACGAGGAUGACGAUGACCACACACCGGCCCCCGAGGAAAUGCAAAUUCAACAAAGCCACCCCGCUGUUCCCCCUCAUCUCCAACAACCCGGUUUCCAGCACGUCAACCACGCGCCUUCUGCCUCCCCUCCCAUCCAGAACGGUCUCCCGACACGCCAUAGCACCCCGCAAUCCCAGAUCUCUCGACCUUCGUCCAGGAAUACCCAGAAUACACAUGCUCGUCGUGUCAGUUCAAACCUCGGUCCUCAUCAGCAUGGCACGCCGCCGCCACCUCCGGCGCAGAAUGGUUAUUACAUGUCCAACCCGUCCAUGUACAACCCGAAUGUCCACUCCGCUAUGAACCAGCCACGCCCCCCACAGUAUGCUCAAUAUGGCCAUCCUCCAGGUCCACAAGGAACACCGCCCCAAGUAAUGCCGCAUCCACAUGGUCUCCCCCAACAAAUGCCUCCCCAACAGCAACAUUUCCAGCACGCGCACCCCUCACAGCAGAUGGGAAUGCCACCUGGAUCUCAUGCACCGGUACAGCAGGUCACUCAGGCCUAUAUGUCGGACCAGGGCCGUGGGUCGAUGCCUCCGUCUUUUGGCCCUGAUACCCAUAACCGCGAAAUUACCGAACGCCCAGAAAAUACGUCGAGUGGGUUGAAACCAGAUAGCCAAUCACCACCCCAGCCGAAGUUUUUGUCCAAAUCCAGAAGCAUUUUCACGCCUAUCGACGAUGGAGGUUCCGUAUUAGCUCGACAUUUUGGAGCGGGUCCAUCGAUGUACGAGUCGCCUCGUGUGAAUCAGAAUAUCAAGCCGGAUAACAAACAGGAGGAUUCGGGCUCCAGAGGCGACUCAAAAAGUUCAGCUUUCGAACCGCCUCGCACACAACCGAUUUCAUCGGCCCCGGACAUCAAGCCAAUUCAGCGAAUCAACAGUAGCCAGAUCCCAUCCAAACGUCCACAGCUGAAGGUGCAGAUCCCCAGUGAGAGCUCUGACCGGGGUAGUGCAACGGCCGACUCGUCUUCACGCGACUCCGCGGGCAACAAGACAACGCCUGCAAGAGGGAACGGGGAGAAUCCUCCACCAGGUGGUGUGGUUCUCCCGCCGCCUUCUCCAUCAGCUGGGGCGAUUCUCAGUGCAGGCGCUCAAGGCCCUCCGAACCCAUUUGCACGCCCACCGCCGCCAGGUAGCCAGUCACAAAGCAACGCAUAUGGCAGCAUGGGUAAUGGCAAUAACAAUAACAUCGAAACGCCGAUAUCUGCCCUUCCGAGUCGCUUUGUUGAUAACCUUCUCCCGUCACCGUCCACUUUCUUCCCAGAAUGGGGCUUUGGCCGCUCGGGACCAGACUCAAGCCUUCUACCUAGUCCCCUCACCUUCCCAACACCGGCGUUGCAAAGUGGACCAAGCUUUGCAAGAGAAGAUGAGCAGGACAAGAAGCGCAAGAGUCCAGACAGCGGGUCACCAGAUGAUGGUGCAAAUAAAAAACCAAAACCUUGA